AUGACUGUCUCAGACAUCACCUGCCACCCGAUAGGCCGACGCGAUGGAACUCAACGUGAUCCGACUGAGUCACUGUCAGAAGGAGAUCUUCUGCUUCUCGGUGCCGGAGUAGUGUCCCAGCUGUGGGGAGGAGCUGAGGGGGAGCAGAACUGCAGGAGGCCCCCGUCAGCCUCCCCUCGCCCCUCGGCAACGGGCACAAAGACCUCCUGCUGUCUGCUGGUCGCACCUGCACACGACAAUCACAACAGAGAGUUCGAUGGGACAUCCGAUCUGCACACAGGUAUCUCCAACACUUCAGGAGUUGUGUAUAACUACACCAGUGGUGGAGUCGGUAGAGAUCAGAGCGGGUGGGAGCGCUGCGUCAGUGUCCCUCUGGUCCGACCCGACAUGUUCCACCUGCUGGCUCAGUGGGACCAGUACCUGGACCGCUUCUCCGACGGGCCCAUGUGGGACCCUGCCUGGCACAGGUUCGAUGAGGAGCAGCAUAACUGCUUCACGUUCUGUCUUCAGUUCAUUAACAGUGUCCUGGCAGCAGAGGGGCGGAGCCCUCUGAGCCGAGAGACCUUCACUCAAAGCUUCAUCCUGCCGAGGAUGAGGAGGGUCACCAAAUACACCACGCUGUACCAACAUAUACAGAAACAUCGGUACUACGUGGUGGACAGGCAGGGGGACAGACAGGAAGACACAGCAGAUAAAGCAGGCUUACUCUAGUCUGAUGUAUGGAGGAGGUUUACAUUAUUCUCACCAGCUGACGGGUGUCUCCUCCAUCAGUCUGCUUGUUGUGUUACAGACAAUCUGUUGGACUGAAAAACAGGUUAAUACAAGGUAUAAAAUUAUAUAAAAUAAUAUAAGUAAACUGUUUAUGUGUAGUUCAUCAUAUCUGAAUUGAAGUGCAGCUAAAAUCUGAGUGUAUGUUUGUUUAAUAUCUUCACAGUAUUCAAGUACAUGCAGAGCAGUUAACAUUAAAUAUCUUUGCAUUAAAUAUACAUUUAUAAUAAAUCAAAUCAAUCAAAUAAAUAGAUAUGGUACACAUUUUGUAUUCCUCCAGUAAUUUGAUAUUUUAGGGCAGUUAAGUAGCAAAUACAACACGUGGGAAUAAAUGUGUGUAUUGCGCAUAUGUUGUGUGUGUACUUUGGUCUUGUUUUAAUAUGUUGAAGCUGUGAAAACAGUAAUUAAAGGGGAAUUAUGUAAAUACAAUGUAAAUAAGAGGAGCUCAGUCUGUAUCAAUUUGCAGACAGGAGCAUUGGUAACAAUAAUCAUAAGAAAGCAUACUUGGAAACCCUUAUAAAAUAUCCACCAGUACUUAGUUGUGGAUCUAUCAGCUUUCACUCAUCUUUCUUCUUUGAACUAUCAAAAAACAUUUUUUUGUCUCUGUGGAUUUCCUCUCUCACAGAGUCUUCUCAUUAUCACGGCCUUUUUCUCUCUUCCACCCAUAAAUGUCAUCCAUUAAUUCACCUCUGAAUUCAGAUAAUAAUAAAUGCAUUCCCACAAAAACACUGCAACACCCACUUAUUUUGACUAGCAGGUUUUAGACAUUUUGAAUUCCGAGAAACGCUUUUGAUUUAAAACACAAGAUAUUUUAAAAUACAUACAUAUAAAAAUAAUCGUUUAAGUUUCUC